CCUAGCAGGAAAUAGGAGUGUUUGAAAUAGCUUAAUUCCAAAGGGAUGUAAGAACCAGAACAGCGUAAGGUCACUUAAUAUGUUAUGGUCCUCACAAAAAUUUAAAAAGUACAGAGCGUAACUCCAGCUGGGGAGUUACGCUACUCUGGCUCAACUUUAUUGUUGCUAGAAUGGUUGAUACAAACAGCUGUUUUAUUUUCUAGAGUAGUUGUGCAUGUCUCAGCUGAUUGGUCGAAUGUGAAAUUUACAUGAAUUGAUGCCCUAACCUAAACUUAUAGUUUCAUCAACAUGAGCAGCAGAGCGAAACUUAUUUUACAAUUAGCUUUGGAGGACAAUGUAAAUAAUUCUCAGCAAUUACUAUUAUUACCAGAACAAACUACUAAAGAAAACAAUGAAACAAACGUCUUAAGCUUGUCUUCGAUGGACACAAAUCCUGCACCCUCAUUGACAUCAUUACAGGCAGUUGAUCCGUUUGUUCUUCUCAACAAUGAAAAUGAAUAUAUAAUGGAAGUCGAAUCAGAAAGUAAUAAAGAAUUCGCUACUGAUGAAAAUAUUGUUUGGAAUGAUGGUAUUACCAACCAGGAUUUUCAGUCAUAUGAUAUCUCCUUUUCAUCGCAAGGUAAGUGUUCAUCAAGAAUGUUUUAAACUCACUACUAUAAAAGACUGCAGUAUAAUAAGCGACCACCCGUCGAAUACCAGUAUAUCGAUAGUCAAUAUCGAAACUAUUGAGUACAUAAACAUUCGAAUUAUA